CAAAACAGCAGUUCAAACACAGCAGAAGAGUCUGGAAGGAUAUGUUGGCUUUGCAAGCCUCCCCAACCAAGUGUACAGGAAGUCUGUCAAGAGGGGCUUUGAGUUCACCCUGAUGGUCGUGGGUGAGUCAGGGUUGGGCAAAUCCACGUUGAUCAACUCUCUGUUCCUGACAGACUUGUAUUCAGUGGAGUAUCCUGGACCUUCUCAUCGAAUCAAAAAGACUGUACAGGUGGAGCAGUCUAAAGUUUUAAUAAAGGAAGGCGGCGUCCAGCUGCUGCUCACAAUAGUUGACACCCCAGGGUUCGGAGAUGCCGUUGACAACAGCAACUGCUGGCAGCCAAUCAUCGACCACAUAGACAGCAAGUUUGAAGACUACCUGAACUCAGAAUCCAGGGUGAACAGGCGACAGAUGCCUGACAGCCGAAUCCACUGUUGCCUGUACUUCAUCGCCCCCUCGGGACAUGGACUGAAGCCCUUGGACAUUGAGUUCAUGAAACGGUUGCAUGAGAAAGUCAAUGUGAUCCCGCUGAUUGCCAAAGCAGACACCCUCACCCCAGAGGAAUGCCAACAGUUCAAGAAACAGAUCAUGCGAGAAAUCCAGGAGCACAAGAUCAAGAUCUACGAGUUCCCCGAGACAGAUGAUGAGGAAGAGAACAGGCUGGUGAAAAAGAUAAAGGACAAGUUGCCGCUUGCUGUUGUAGGAAGCAACACCAUCAUCGAGGUGAACAGCAAGAGGGUCCGAGGGAGGCAGUACCCCUGGGGGGUUGCAGAAGUGGAAAACAGCGACCACUGCGACUUCACCAUCCUCAGGGACAUGCUCAUCAGGACACAUAUGCAGGACCUGAAGGAUGUAACAAACAACGUCCACUACGAGAACUACCGCAGCAGGAAGCUGGCUGCUGUCACCUACAACGGAGUGGACAACAACAGGGCUAAAGGGCCGCUGUCCACAAAAAAUGACACAGUUGAAGGAAUGAGUCCCAUGGCCCAGAUGGAGGAGGAAAGGCGAGAUCAUGUGACUAAGAUGAAGAAGAUGGAAAUGGAAAUGGAGCAAGUGUUUGAGAUGAAAGUCAAGGAAAAAGUGCAGAAACUCAAAGACUCUGAAGCUGAGCUUCAACGGCGUCAUGAGCAGAUGAAGAAGAACCUGGAGGCUCAGCACAGGGAGCUGGAGGAUAAAAGACGCGUGUUCGAGGAUGAGAGAUCCAACUGGGAGGCCAAUCAGCGCCUGGAGCAGCAGAAAAUGGAGGCCUCCAGGACUCUGGAGAAAAACAAAAAGAAAGGCAAGAUCUUUUAAAGACGGCAGGACCACCCCUACUCGAGUUAUUUUGUUUGCCAACGUUGCCGGUCAGGACACCAGUGUGUGGCACUGACUUCACCCACCUCCUGUUCUAUCUCUCCUUCUCUUCUCCCUUCCUCCCUGCCCUCAUUGUCCCCUUUCCCUGCUCUGUCUGCCAGCACAGCUGUGCUCUAGAGGGGGUACUGGGGGGAACCCUGGGUAUGUGAGGAGGUGGAGGGGGUCUGAAUGUAAGCUCAGAACCGCCACCACAAGAGCCCCCUCGCUGCCUCGGGACUCGUCAAAGAGUAAUAAACAUCCCCAUUUCAGAACAGCCAAACCCAUAUUAUUGUUUUAAUUAUUAUUAUUAUUAUUGAUGUUAUUAUUAUUGUUGUUGUUGUUAUAACUGAAUACUGUCCCCGCCCCUACCUGCUGCUCUCUUUUAUUUCCACCCCAAGGUUGCUUUAAAUGACUGUGUACAUUUUGAUGGAGAGCACAGACAAAAAACAUACGUAUGAAUCAUGUCUGACUGUUGUACAAUCAAGUUCUGGUGAAUUUAUUCGUUUACAGGAAAAACUUAAGUAACAGUAUUUUAAUAUUACCCUGCUCUUCCUUCGUGUAUUAAAGUAGGAAGAGGACAAGGCAUUAACUAAUCCUUUUAUUUUUUGAGUGUAUCUGAUAACCCUUUAACCCAGUCAAUGCAACAGAAAUGAUGGUCAACAGAAACAACCUACAUUCAAGAAAAACAAUAAGACGCACCUUGGGAUUUUUUAUAGAUAAAAAUGAUUGGCUAAAGCUUCUUUGUUUUGAAAUGUAAUGCUUUCUUUUUCCUCUGUUUAGCUAUUUCCAUUAGCCUUGGACCACCAUUUAUAUUGUCAUAAGUGUUAUAUUUCAUUUUAGUUUAUUUUUAUAUAUACCGAGCCAGCUGAAGACAUAACAUCUUUUGUAUGUUAGGAAAAUCCCUCAGAGACUCGACAGCUGCGUCGACUGUUUAACAGAAACACGCUUUCACAAAACAGUGAUACAUGGACGCUUUUACAAGAACAAUAUGUCAAUCACUCAGCGGUAUCGAUCUGUGGGAAAUGAAGAGUCAAAACUGCAAACUUGCUUUGGCUAUGUACUUUAUCUCUGUAUUUUUAAUUUUAUUUUUCAUUUGUAUUGUACAAAGUCACUUAAUAAACCUGUGAUGACGAUA